AUGGCUGCCCUUUCGGUUACCACAGUUGUACUUAGCCUCCACGAUGGAUGUCCAGGUCUCCCCUUUUACGUGUUGGAAGUGAUUAUCAAUACUUCUAUGAUACUCGAAGUUAGCGUGCGCUUUGUUGCCUUCGGAAGGCAAUUCUGGAGAUCGCCCUUCAAUGUAUUCGAUUUAAUCCUGACUGUAUUUUGUGCCACAACACUGCUGGUCUUGGCGUUUGCCGGUUGCGGAGCGACAAGCAAAGAAGAGGAGUUGCUGGAUACAUUGUUGCUAAUAGCGCGUAACGUGCUGCAAUUUGGUCGUCUGGCUUCUGUGAUGAGACAAUCUGGCCAAUCUAUAUUCUCGCGGCCGAAGCCCAUCGACAUUACGGCAGUGCGAAGAGCCGGGUAUACCGAACUUGACUUGGACCUAGAGGAUGAAGAUGAAGACGCAGAGCUUGGUAGGCCGCUUGUGCAGGAUUCGAUACUGUUCGAUGCCCAAGGAGAACAGGGGGAAGAGAGGUCGAGGAUGUCAACGAUGCCUCGAGCUGCUCAGGCAAUACACGAACGGGAUUCUGUGGAUGUGUGGGCAGAGAUAGGUUGA